CAAAGCUAAAGAUAUUUGAUUUAGAACAAAAACUAAAACAUCUUAUAUUUUAGAACAGAGGGAAUAUAGAAUCUUAAGUGCACAUGCACAUGCAUGAUCCGGCAACCUCUAGAUUCUUUGCUAAGACCAUUACUGACUUGAUGAUGCACAUGCAUAUGCAUGUGCUCAUCUGGUUAGAGGCAAACAAAGUUUCUGGACAUGGCUCAUUGCGGCUUGAUCUGUUACGUACUGGGCCUUGAGUUUAUUUAUUAUUUUUUUUACUUGUCAUAGCACCCAAGAGGUCAGCUGGUGCAGUGGGGCGGCGCGGUACGCAUGGAGCCCCCAGACCCUGGCUGAUGAAGCAGCUUUGAGGGCAGAGGACGUUCAUUCUCUGCUUCAUCAGAUGAGAUCAGAUGACGAGAUGACGAGAGAGAGAGAGAGAGAGAGAGCCAUGUCUUGUCGAUCAGGGAUGAAGCCAAGCGCUGGCACUGCUAUGUACCCUUUACACCGCUGCAAAACCAUACACCUGGUGAGGCACGCGCAGGGUGUUCACAACGUGGAAGGCGAGAAGGAUCGCAGUGCAUACAGGUCACCCGCGUUGCUUGAUGCUCCAAUCACUCCUUUGGGCUGGAGACAAGUUGACAGUCUGCGAGAGCAUGUGAAAAAUUGUGGGCUUGCAAAAAAGAUUGAGUUAGUUAUUUGUUCCCCUUUACUGAGGACGAUGCAGACUGCAGUGGGGGUUUUUGGUGGUGAAAGCUAUACUGGUGGAGUUGGUUCACCUCCUUUAAUGGUGGAAAAUGCUGGACAAAGUGAACGUCUGGCUAUUUCAAGUUUGAACUGCCCACCAUUUCUUGCAAUUGAGACCUGCAGGGAGCGUUUGCAAGGUGACCAUCCAUGUGACAAGAGGAGGAGCAUUACAGAAUAUCGAACUCUCUUUCCUGCAAUUGAUUUUUCACUGAUAAUGAAUGAUGAAGAUGUUCUGUGGUUACCAGAUGUUAGAGAAGCACAUAAGUCGGUUGCAGCGAGGGGUAUGAAGUUCAUGGAUUGGUUAUGGACGAGAGAAGAGAAAGAGAUAGCUAUUGUCACCCAUAGUGUUCUAUUACAAGAUACCUUACGCAUGUACAGCAAGGAGUGCCAUCCAACCAUAAGAUACGAAAUGAGCAAGCGCUUCGCGAACUGUGAACUCCGAUCAAUGGUGCUGGUUGAUACAAGUAUGCUUGGGUCUGCAGGUUCCCCUAGUUUGAACUACCCAGGCGAGAUCCCAACCGGACUUGACCAGCCCAGCGAUGUCAUAGAAAAUGAGGAAGCAUCUUGAGGAGCCUCAUGCACGUACGCGUGCGCUGAUAAAUUUUAAGAUUGAUGAAAGGCACUGCAGAUGCUUUUUUGUCGAUACGUACCAGGUUCUAUAUAAGAAACCUAACCAAGUUGAGGUAUUGGGUAAGAAUCAUUAUUCAUCUGAGCACUCAUCUAGGAGUAAAAGAAUCCAUUGGGUACCAUUCUUCAUGAAACAAGUCUCACUCGGGAGAUCCCAAUACUUCUUCAUUUCUUCUCUCAAAAGUUUAGAGAAUGAACACCUCACCAGGGCAUGGUGUUCAGUUUCAUCUUCCAUGCCACAAAUUUUGCUUUAUUGUUCCUCUUAGCUCUAUUGUGCUUAGUUGCUAAAGAGUCUGUGGCCACACGCCAUGCAAAAUUCUUAACUUUUGCUAGGCUAGACUGCUGCCUGUGCGCCAUAUCGUCUGCUGAUGUCACCAUAUCGCUGCUGAAAGCAAUUGGGCCGGCUGUUGAUAUUGGGCCGUGCGGUACCUGUCCUUCCCAUAAUAACCCUCUGUUUGGCCCGGCCACUUUCAAACGAUGGUUCAGAAUGUCCAAGGAUAUAUUUCUUGCACAUUGCAAUUGGAAAUGCCGUGGAAGCUAAUUAUCCAUACUUCGAGUAAAAAAAGAAACUACUGCUUUGUUUAGAUAAAGGAAAAAUUUUCCAGCCUCAACACCCACACAUUGAGUGCAUAUAGCCAAAGAACCUAGUGCUGUACUGCUGUGUUAGAGCAACUCCAACAGAAUUCUCACGUUUAGCUUCUUCAUUGUAGAGUGUUACGUGAAGCCAGAAUUAUCACGGCUAUCUCCUUCAUUGUAGAGGGAAGUGCUUUGAAAAAUGCCCAUCGUGCUGUACCACCUGGUGUAGCGGUUCUUGCUGAAAAUUUAACCAGCACUGUAUAUCGUGUACACAGGAGAACUACAUUGCAUUGCACUAAAUCAGCCAUUGAAACAUCUUUCUGAUGCUACUU